AUGAACGUACGCGAUCCGUUCAAUCUGCAUCGCUCUCCUGCUUUUAGCAUUCUUCGAGGCACAGCGUCGCAAGCAGCAGUAAACGUCUCGCAAAGGGUUAGAGAAGCCGGAGUUCAGGUAUUGGAGUCUGGCAGACAGGCUGUCGAAGACAUGUCCUUCUCGAUACCGAAAAAUGUCCCUUCCUUUACGGACCCACAACGGGAAUUAGAGAACAGAGUUUGGGGCUCGUCAGGGGUGACUGCAAGGUCGGCGUCACUUUCAAACGGAGGUGUUAUGAGUGGCAUGCAAGAACGAGUGGGUGGCUUCUUCGACAAGACUAGGGGGGAUCUGCCGAUGUACAAGGACAAACCAUAUUCAUAUGCCUCUUCAAGGCGGCAGCGGCCAGCUUGGAAAAGGAAAAGGACACUUGGUGGAACUGGAUUCUUUGUGCUGGCAAUCUUGUAUUUCUUGGGGGUUUUCAGCAGUGAUACCACAGAAGGACCGAAGUCGAAGGAUGGCUGGAGUUGGUUGUCAAAAGCAGAGAAACCUGGAGCGAAAGUGGACUGGAUGGAUCGUAGAGAUAAAGUGACAGAUGCAUUUAAGUUAAGCUGGGAUGCUUACAGUCGCUAUGCAUGGGGUAAAGAUGAAUUCCACCCGGUCUCGAAGCGUGGGCGGCAGAUGGCACCCCAUGGCAUGGGUUGGAUUAUCGUGGAUGCGCUGGACACCAUGAUGUUGAUGAAUCUGACAAGCAGAUUGUCCCACGCAAGAGAAUGGCUGGCGACAUCUCUAGACUACGAUCAAGAUCAGGAGGUCAACACGUUCGAAACGACCAUUCGAAUGCUUGGGGGCUUGCUCUCGGCUCACUACUUGUCAACCGAGUUUCCGGAGAUGGCACCACUGACAGAUGAUGACGAAGGUGCGAAGGGCGAAGACCUUUACUUGGAGAAAGCGACGGAUCUAGCAAAUCGCCUGAUCGGAGCAUUUGACUCCCCAUCUGGAGUCCCUUUUGCCAGCGUAAAUCUGAAGACUAAUUUGGGUGUCCCUUCACAUGACGAUGGAGGAGCUUCUUCAACGGCAGAAGCAGCAACAUUGCAGCUGGAGCUCAAAUAUCUCUCGAAGCUCACCGGGGAAACAUUUUACUGGGAAAAGGCAGAAAAGGUCAUCAAGGUAAUUGAUGAUAAUGGCAUGGAAGAUGGUCUUCUUCCCAUCUACAUUUAUGCCCACGACGGGCAUUUCCGAGGCAACAACAUUCGACUGGGUAGCCGCGGAGACUCUUACUAUGAAUACCUGAUCAAACAAUACCUCCAAACCUCGAAAGAGGAGCCUAUCUACGAGCAGCUAUGGGAUGAGGCUUUAGCCGGAGUACGCAAGCAUCUAAUUACAUACUCUAAGACGGCCCAGUUCACAGUUCUCGGUGAGCGUCCCAAUGGUCUUCAAGGCCAACUGUCACCUAAGAUGGACCAUCUGGUCUGUUUCAUGCCAGGCACGAUCGCGCUCGGCGCCACUGGUGGAAUCUCUGAAGCAGAAGCGAAGAAACUACCAACAUGGAGCAGGAAGAAGGAUGAAGAGAUGAAGCUUGCAAGAGAAUUGACAGAAACCUGUUGGGGAAUGUACAAAGCUAUGGCAACUGGCCUCGCCGCAGAAAUUACCCAUUUCAGUAUCCACGACCCUCCUCUUCCAGAGUCCGCGCCUCACAAGGUAACUGUUGAUUUCAGCAAUACCGAGGACACCGAGUGGAAGAAGGACUUUGUCAUCAAAUCCAACGAUGUCCACAAUCUUCAACGACCAGAGACUGUUGAAAGCUUGUUUUAUAUGUGGAGAAUCACUGGCGAUGUCAUGUACAGGGAGUGGGGUUGGGAAAUGUUCAAGUCCUUCAUGAACUACACGGCUGUGGAUGAUGGAGGUGGUUUCACUAGCUUGUCGAACGCCGAUAUUAUUCCACCAGUCACCAAAGAUAAUAUGGAGAGCUUCUGGCUGGCUGAGACGUUGAAGUAUUUCUACCUCCUAUUCUCACCUAACGACCUUCUCCCAUUAGACAAAGUUGUCAUCAAUACGGAAGCACAUGCCUUCCCACGCUUUAAGCUCGGUCCGUUAUUCAAGACUGGCUGGGAGAGGAAACCUCGAGGCCCGGAUGGAAAAAUCCUACCUGAGCCCCCAAAGACAGAGGAACGUGUCAUCGAGACUCGGAGACUUCAAGAAGUAAGGACUACCACGAUAGCUCCAGGCAUUUAA